GCUGCCUGGCGGCGGGAGAAGUCGCGCUCGCGCCAAGAGACGUGUGUCUGCGCUCGCGUGGUCAUGGAGGCGCCGCCGCUGCUGCCGGCCGCGUGGACUCUGGCUCCUGGCCGGAGCCGAAGGCUGCUGCUGCUGCCGCUGCUGCUGUUCCUGCUGCCGGCUGGGGCGCAGCGGGGCUGGGAGGCGGAGGAGAGGCCCCGAACCCGCGAAGAGGAGUGCCACUUCUACGCGGGUGGACAAGUAUACCCCGGGGAGGCGUCCCGGGUUUCGGUCGCUGAUCACUCCCUGCACCUCAGCAAAGCCAAGAUUUCCAAGCCAGCACCUUAUUGGGAAGGAACAGCUGUGAUAAAUGGAGAAUUUAAGGAGCUCAAGUUAACUGAUUAUCAUGGGAAAUACCUGGUUUUUUUCUUCUACCCACUUGAUUUCACUUUUGUGUGUCCAACUGAAAUUAUCGCCUUUGGUGAUAGAAUUGAAGAAUUCAGAUCUAUAAACACUGAAGUGGUAGCGUGCUCUGUCGAUUCACAGUUUACCCAUUUGGCCUGGAUUAAUACCCCUCGAAGACAAGGAGGACUUGGGCCAAUAAGGAUUCCACUUCUUUCAGAUUUGACCCAUCAGAUCUCAAAGGACUAUGGCGUAUAUCUGGAAGACUCAGGCCACACUCUUAGGGGUCUCUUCAUUAUUGAUGACAAAGGAAUCCUGAGACAGAUUACUCUGAAUGACCUUCCUGUGGGUAGAUCGGUGGAUGAGACACUACGUUUGGUUCAAGCAUUCCAGUACACCGACAAACAUGGAGAAGUCUGCCCUGCUGGUUGGAAACCUGGUAGUGAAACAAUCAAACCUGAUGAUGCCAUGAAAGCCUGGUGGCCGAGAGAAGAGCUAUAAUCCCAGAUCCAGCUGGAAAACUGAAGUAUUUCGAUAAACUGAACUGAGAAAUACUUCCUCAAGUUACGAUGGUUGAAAGUUCUCAAUAAAGUUCACCGUUUUAUUACCA